AUGGCGGUUUCAGGAGGCGAGCUGAAGGGUAAAAAACGCAAAUCUGGAGAGUCGCAUAAGGAGUCGAAGAAGAGCAUUCAGGUUCUCUCGCUGAAAGAAUCUUCCUUGCCCCCGUUUGUUACGACAAUCUCUGGUUCUUACCCUCCUGAAGAAACUCGGUUUCAGCCCGUUCACACAGACGAAAAGAAAACGAGUGACAUUUCACUUGUUGGAAGAACCGAGCGUGUUCAAUUUGAAGCGAAAAACAAGCCUACAAACAAUGUAGAGUCCAAUUACUGCUUGGCCAUUGCUGACAAGCAUGGUCGUGUUAAGAAGUUGGUCCCUACUCGCUACCUUAACACGUUUGAGCGACAAGUUCUUGCUAUGAGAGAAAAGGAUGAACACAUGAAAAAGCAACGUGGUGUCGUUGCUGGCACGAUAAUGGAACAACGUGCCAACCUUGGCUUAGCCUUUGGUACCAAGAAGAACCAAAAGGCAAUUAUGGAGGAGUCUGCUAAUCGGGUUAAGGCUGACGCUCUAGGCGAUGUCAAGGACCAACUUGUUAGUAAUGUUCAAAAGGCAACGGAAGCUCUACCUUCACAAGAGGAGCUUAAUGCUUAUCAAGCACAAGAUCGACCCACUCCUCCUGUUCAUAUGGAUGCGGAAACUGUUGAAGACGCCUAUAAAUUGGAGGACAUCAUUCCAAAAGAAGAAAUGUCUGCUAUUUAUAUCAAGCCAUUUUUGGAUUCUGCUGAGGACAAGGGAUGGUCCAAGAUGCUACCUUACCGUCAUUCUGUCUUUGUGAAUGAACGCUUCUCUCGAUUAUUAUCGAUUGAGGAAGUUGAUCACAAGCGUGCCAAACUCCUCUAUUACAUUUCAUUGUUGGAGGCAUUCUUGUUUUCUCGUCGCGCUGUUACGGAUCGUGACACUUUACGCAGAAAGCUUGCUGAUCCUCCUGAAAUUUUGAUGGAUGGCCUCUUCAAACGUUUCACACAAACGACAGCAACCGGUUCGGCUCAAGUUUCUAUGCGUCAAGUUGAUCGUAUCAUGUGCUAUAUCAUUGUCUUGUAUCUUAUCGUCGACAAUUACUCCACAGACAUUCUCACAUUGGCUAAUGACCUAAACAUCAAGGUAAUGAAAGCAAACGAGCUUUUUAAGACUGUGGGAUGCCGCAUCAUGUCUUAUUCAGAGACUCAACGUAUGGCUCUUGGUUUGAAUAAAACAGAAGCAAAGAACCACAAGCGGGCAGUUUUGAAGGUUCCUCUCGAAUUUCCUAAACCCCGCCGUGGUCGUGCUAGGAAUUAA